AGAGGAGGAGAGAGGGAGAAAGUGAGCUCACGUUCACACAUUGGUGAAGAGGCUGGUCUUGCAAUGCCUUUGAAUAUUUUACUUUUAGGCAGUUCCUCAUCAGUCAGCCACACACAUCCGAGGCGAGCUGAAGCUAACUACAGCCAUGGACAGCACUAGGAGAUCUCAAAUCUAAUCGCAUGCAUCAUUCCUCCGGGAUAUUUUUUAAAUUCCAUAUCCAAACACGCUGACAGGCAGCUGCACUCACACACACUCACACACACACACACACAUCCACACGUCGCAGAGCUGCCGAGCAAACACCUUGUCUCCUCUCGCAGGAUAUACCCGCUCACACACAUCUCUCUUUAUCUCCUCCUGGCUUCCCGGAGGAUCCUGCCGGCUGUUUUUCAUGGAGAAAGUCCAGGGAGAAAUGGAGAUUGAGAGAUGGGAAAGAAGUGAAGAGAUUUCAGACGCAGAAAAAAAGGUUAUUCAAGAGAUAUGGAGCAGAGUAUAUGCAAACUGCGAGGACGUUGGGGUCUCCAUACUCAUCAGGUUUUUUGUGAACUUCCCCUCGGCCAAGCAGUAUUUCAGCCAGUUCAAGCACAUGGAGGACCCUCUGGAGAUGGAGAGGAGCCUGCAGCUGCGCAAGCACGCUCGGAGGGUCAUGGGGGCCAUCAACACCGUGGUGGAGAACCUCAACGACGCCGAGAAGGUCUCCUCCGUCCUGGCCCUGGUGGGCAAGGCCCACGCCCUCAAGCACAAAGUGGAGCCCAUCUACUUUAAGAAACUCACUGGUGUCAUGCUGGAGGUCAUUGCUGAGGAAUACCCCAACGACUUCACCCCGGAGGCACACGGAGCCUGGACCAAGAUGAAGACCCUCAUCUACACCCACGUGACGGCAGCCUACAAGGAGGUGGGCUGGGCUCAGUACCCCACUGCCACCCUGUGAGUGCCCGGGGGGCCACCAGAGGGGCAGGGAGGGCUCCGCUCACCCCAGGACUUCACUCUGGUCUCUUCUCAAGAUCUUUGCUCGGUCUGGGGAGCCCGGUAGGGCCAGUUCUGUCAGCUGCCAAGUCACAAUUUGAUCUCCAUGGGGUUUAAAAACAAACUAACCAAGCCAAAAAAGAACCACAGAACCAUGAAGGGUGUGGGUGGGCCGGGGUGAAGCAGUUGCAGGGGACGCUGGAAGGGGAUGCAGAAGGCGAGGGGAGAGCGUUGGUUGUUGGCUCCAUCUUCCUACCCUGGCCUGUCCAUCACCACCUCCCAAAUCCUGCACCUCACCUGCACCAUCUCAAAGUCCCUUGUUCAAGUGCUGCUGCCCUGUUCACCGAGGAGCAGCACAGCCCUCACUUUCCACGCGAAGCCCUGGGGUGAACCUGGCUUUUGGGGGCACACAUGGAGACUCUGACUGGCACCAAGAACGCUUUGCUUUGCACUUUCUGUACCACCUGGCACUCUGAGUGCCCACCCCCCUGUGCUCCAGGUGGGCAGCAGCCCUCACCUCUCCUGUCACCCACAGUCCCUGUCCUUGGCUGGCUGCUGCAAACCCUCCUGGGGUGGGGGAGAGACGCUCCCACAGCCUGAGACAGUGGGAAGGAGGGGAUGCCUCUGGGCUGCCUCCCCUCGUGGCUCAGAGCAGGGUGUGCAGGUGGGAUCCCUGUGCCACACGUGGGGAGCUGGUGAGCCCACCCACUGCCCUCCAGGUCCCUGAGGACGGGCGUGGGUGGCACACGAUGUGCCACUGCCCUGGGAGCUGUGUGUUGGUCUGUCUGCCCAGCUCUGCCCUCUCGGUGAGAAGGGGGAUCAGGCUGUGAAAGGAAAGAUGGCACUGACAUGUCAGGAGGGAUUUCUGGGUAUGAGGAAAGGUCCCUUCUCUGUUCAAAUUAAUAAAUACCUUGUACAGAGCAUAUUCCUGCCCCUGUGGUAAAGUUGGGUUCCUCCAAAUAAAGUGCCUGGUAGAAAUCAGCCCACGCAGGAGCUGGGUCCCUCCUGGGGACAGCAGUGCUCCUGCCUGUGCCUGACAAAGGCUUCUCCCACACCCCUCAAAAUGUGGCUGCAGGGCUUGGAGCACUCACCCCCCCUCCAACACCAACUCCUCCCGAACCUCCGGGAGAGUCUGCCUGGCUUGUGCCUCAGUUUCCCCUGCAGUUAUGAAAAAGGGAGGAGAAGCAGCCCCAUUGCCUCCUGCCCACAUGUGGCUGGAUUUAGAGGAUUUCUGGGAACUGAAUGGCAAAGGAUUGAGGAUGAAAUGUCAGAUGUGCUGGGAAGCUUUGGAAUCCUUGCCACCCAAUAUUUCCCUAGAGGCCUCUGCUAUUUUUAGAGCUCUGGCAUUAAGGGCAAUGUUAUCUGUUGAAGUGAGAGGAGGGUUCCCUUCUGAGAUUUCCUUUGGCCUUGCUCCACUGCUGUCCUGGAGAGCUGGCAGCUUCCUGAGAGAGACCAGCUCCUCUCCUGGGUGCCAGCUGGACAGGCAACAAGCCCACAGCUCCAACUGGGAUCCCUACAGCCACCUUGGGGGCAUCCCUCCCCUGUGGGGACACUGCUGGAGGGGGCAGUGGUCACUCCCCCAGGCUGACCUCCCUCCUCCAGAGCAAACAGACAAGAUAGAAACUCCUGCUUUGCUCACCUGUGCUUUUAAUCAUCCCCAGGAACAGGUUUAUUACAUCUCAAAAUAGCCCUAGGACUCCAAUAAUGUCACUACAGCCACUCUGGCCUUGCAGUUCUUUCCUUCCCACAUUCCACAUUACCACUGAUGGAGAGGAGCAGUGGAGCCUGGAGCAAUUGCACGUCCUGGGCAUCCAUGGAGAGCUGGGUGGCAAAACCAGCUCAGGCACAGCUGUCCUUGGCAUGACAGCAUGCGAGAUCCAGGGCGUUGUAAAGGAAGGGACAGGCACAGGGUGACAAGUGAUGCUGCUUUGCCCGUGGGGUGGGCUGUCAGAAUCAGCACCCCCAAAAUCCAGCCCAGCAGCCUGCACGGUGCAGGUGCCAACAGCUGCUGCCUCCAGCUCGCACUGGAGUGUCACAGCAGCUCCCAUCCCUCGGGUGUCAGGGGAGGCAUCCCUCAAACCGCUGCUGCUGCUGCCUGGGGCAGGGAUGGAUGGGGAAAACCUGCUCAGCCAUUGAAUUCCCUCCAGAGCAGCAGUGGAGAGGGAUCUCUUGGACCAAGACUGUUAGAUGAUUGUUGUGUGUGUGCACAUCACGGGACUCUCCCGAGCACAGCUUUACUGGCUCCUGCCAAGGCCUUCAGGCCAGCAGCACAUAUUUCUGAUGAGUUCAUGUACUCCCUGUGCUCUGCGGAUGCUGGGCCAGGGAUGUUUCCUUACAGGGAUGUUUCAUCUUUAGACAAAAUUUGCACAUUAACCUUUGAGGUUAAUAAUCUCCAGGUGGGAAUUUUUAUUUUUGCAGCGCAAACCCUUCCCCUCCCUUCCCACAACCAAACCCAGGCUCCCAGUCUGCAGAGAAGCCACUUUGGAGUGUCUGGAAAUUCUCCAUGUCCAUACCCAACCUACCCGUGUGCCUUGGCUUUUGGGGAGCAGCAUCAGGGAGGUCCCCCCACCUCCCCUUUAAACAGUGCUUUGGUUUCUCCUUUCUUUUUUGACAUCCCUAGAAGAAGCUGACCUGCGGGCUCGUGCGCCCACACAUGUGCAUGAGCUUGGGUUGUUUUCCAGGCACUUUUUCCUAGAGCAGAUCCAGAUGUGUGCAGCUGCUGUCCCUCGGGGAGCACCCCCCACCAGCCAAAAUUGCAGGCCACUCCAAGAGAUGCUAAGGAAAACAUGUUUAUUUUUAUCAGCUUCAUAGGAAGUAACAUGAAGCAGGAGGGCAGUGGGGGCAAAGCUCGGGAGGGGAGGGAACAGAGCUAAAACGAACACCCCCUCUUUGCUGCCCACAGCAGAGGAGGCAUUGCUGAAAUCCAGGAACAUUCUCAUCUGGGGAGAGAUGAAGAUCAACAGCAUAAGGAAAAAGUGCCAUUCCAGAGUGACAGGGCUGAUAAAUGCCACGUGGAAGAGCAGAAAGGGGGGGCCAUGUCCCAGCUCUGCGCAUGGCUCUGCAGCAUACACACACCCCUGCCCUGCCAUUCCCUGUCACUGCCAGCCCACUGCUCCCCACCAAUCCCACCAGAGCUGGCUGGGGGGCCCUUUAUCCCCGUUUUGUUCAGGUCUUGCACUCUGGGGCUCGACCUUUCCCUUCCUGGCACACUUAGGCUGCACCGAGGGCCCUUUGGGCUGAGCUUUGUUCUCCUUGGUGGUGGCAGGUAGGGACCAACUUGCAAAGUCUUUUCCCCAAAGCUCACAGGUGAGAAGCUGAGGCCCAGGACAUCAUUGCCAGCACAUGUUGGGGUCUGGCUGGUCUCUCUCCUGCCCUGUGGAGGACCCCUAGACCCAGCCAACCCCUGGCUCAGCCAGCGCCAGGGCUGGGCUUGCAGCUGUGAUCCAGGUGGGAAAGUCUUUGUGCCCUCUGCCAGAGGCAGAGAAAUGCUGAGGGUGGGGGGAUUUGGUGUCCCUGGGGCAGGGUCCCCCUUGAGCACCUCAUGCUGGCUCUCUUUGGCAGCACCUGCUCACAUCAGCCAGCUCUUGUCCCCUGCCCUGAAGCUCAGCCUUUGGUCAGAGGGGGUUGAGCACUGGAGGGAACGGGAGGCGCUGGGCUGGCUUGGGGCACACACCCCACACGUCUCCCCCUCCCACAGCCAACACUCAUGGCAGGUUUAGCUCUUCAGGCACCCACCUAGAGAGACCCCCCAACACCACCAGAACCCCCCAACACCACUUAUGGGCCUUGUGCCACCAACCUCAUCUUCUCUUGGGGGGUGACAAUCCCCAAGGCAGCCGAGCCGUGAGCUCUCCCAGGGGAGUCCUCUCACCCCUCUGCCACUUUGUCCCAGGAAAGAGGUCACAGCAUCUCCCCACUGUCUGAGGGGAUGCUCAGUGACUCCAGGGGGGCCCAGAUUUCACCUGGCUGGGCUCUGGUGCCAGAACUCAGCCUUCCCUGCCCCUUGCUGUAGGGAAGCUGCCCCGGUGCGGGGAUGUCGGAGCGAGGGCUGCUCAGGGCCAGCACCAUCGACGCCAGACAGAGGGGAAAAAAGAGAAACCCGUGCGCUGCCCUUGGACCAGCUUAGGGAAAGGGAGGGACAAACCCACCCGCCUGGCCCUGAGCUCUUUGCCGGGCUGCGGCGCUCAUUAUUUUCCACAGCUGAAGUUGUCUCUAAUUGUCAGUACGUCUGAACCAGCCCCAGCGUGACCCACAGACAUGAGCGUGCGUGGUCUGGUGUAGCUCCGUGUCUUUCCUGUUCCUGCUGCAGAUCCUGUCCAUGUUCGUGUUCCUCGGCGCUUUCGUGCUGGUUUUAUACCCGCGUUCCGUGUAUGUGGGCGUGACUUGUUUUUUUUUUCUUUUUUGUAGGUUUUUAGUAUGUUUGUAACCUGACAAAAUGGUGUUAUUAAACUGAAACUUGUAUCUUCAGUGGAUAAAUCAAUCAAACUCCC